GGUCUGUGUUAUUGAACUGUGUCAGCUUGUCAUAUUCGCGUCCUUACACGUUGUCACUUUUCGAUUAUUUACUCAAAUCUUAUCAGAUUUUAUACAUUGUCCAGCUAUAUUUUAAUAACAUUGAACCCAUCAGCAAUGUCUACUCCAGAAGAGACCUCUCAACUUAAGGCGGGACACCCUCCCGCUGUAAAAGCCGGAGGAAUGAGAAUCACACAGCACAAGCUGCCUCACACUAAAGAUGGCAAAGAACCGGCUAAUGAAGACCUAACUGGACUCGGAGGCCCCUCUGCAGUGCCGUCCAACCCUGUGUCAAUCGCCGGAGCACCCAACAGAGGUAAUGCGGACUUUACGCCGCAAGCCGCGCAGGUUGCUCACAGUCCUAAGCCUCCAGCUCACAUUAACGUUAAGCCUUGCCCAAAUAUCCAGCAACCUCGGAAGUAGGUUGUUUUGAAGCUCGGAAAACGCAUAUCAACGUCGUUAUAUGAUUUGUGCAGAUUUAAGGAAAAAGAUGGAUAGACGACACUUAACAAUUUUUUUAGUACAUGGAAGCUAACAUGGAAAUUGUGAUAUUAUGACAGUUAUGAAAUUAUUAAUGUAGUUGGCUGAAAUUGUACUAUUAUUUAGCCUAAGUUACUUUUUCUUAAUAUUAAUGUUUGAAUUUGUGCUUCUUAUUAAAAAUGCAUUUCAGCUGAUUGCAAUUUUUUAUAAAUAAUAUCACAUGUUUGGUACAAAGGCUUCAUAAUUGAAAAGUCUGCCUUAUAAAUAUCACAGCUACACAUUCACUGAUGUUGGUUGUUAGCGCUGUCUAUCUUUUUCCUCAAGUCUCGAUUUUUGUUAGGUGUUUUUAUAAAUGUACAAUAAAAUUAAAUAAAGAAACUUAAGAGGCUUGAACACACUAUGUACAAUGGAAACUUUUUCCAUGCAAUUUCUAGAAAAAAUGGAACUUCGUGAAGGAAAAGGAGCCAGGCUGCUAUAAUUGCAUGCCAUUAGUUUCAUAUUUGUCAUUAUGACAGUAAACAGUUUCCUUCGCCACAAAUCGUAAGUAUAUAGUGUACUAGUGCUGGUUUCAUUGCACUAUGUUUGUUCAGGUCUUUAUAUUAGUAUUGAAUCCUGAUAUAUAACCAGGUUCCAUAUUUUUGGUAGUUAAGUAUUCUAUCAAAUAUAUUAUUGUGGUUUUACUUGGUAGUGUUUUUCUUAUAAAUUAAUAAUUAUGUUUUCGGAACUAGUUUUAUAUAUUGUAAUUUUGUUAAUCAACAUAAAAAUACUAAAUGUUCAGCUCAAUUAAACAAUGUUCAUUUAAUUUUUUGAAUAAAUAAACUAGUUAUUGUAAAAGAUCAAUACUGUAAUUUCAUAUUUACAGUUGUGUAAAUAGGUGUUAAAUAGUUGUAUUUGUGUAAUGUAUAUGAACGUACUAGUAUGUAUAGUUUGGCUACACAUUUGUCUAAAAAGAAAGAUCAAGAAAAAUACUC